UAGCACGGUUCACUCUGUGCUUCUAUGUUUUCUCACUAUAAAUACCAAUCACCCAUUAGCAUUCGAUUCAUCAUCAAAGCAUUUGUCAUCUGUUUCAGCAUUCAUUUUUCGAGGACAGUCAAAUUCUUCUCUCUCUCUUUUCUCCCUCUCUCUCUUAAUUUUCCGAUCAGUUCGUACUUGACAUCUUUCUCAGUCUCGGUUUCGAGGGUUUUAACUUAGUAUUGCAGCAUGGCAAAGACAAUUCAGUUGUAUGGAUUCUCUUGUGUUGAGGACCAGGAGGAGGUGAAGAGGCAUCUGGAGUUAUACACUGGAGAAGGGACUGUUUGUUCUGUUGAGUUCGCGCAGUGCAAGAGUGGUUCAAGGGCACAUGCCAAGGUUGAGUUCGUAGACUCUGAGAGCGCCGAAAUCCUAAAAUCCCUGGCGGAUGACGACCGACGCUUUUGGUAUGGUGACUCUUAUCUAAAAGCUCGAGAUUGGAGCACUGAAGUUGUACGAAAGCCAGAGGUCUUCCUGUGCAGCAUGGAUGAUGUAACGCUGCACUUCGGAUGUCAGGUUUUGAAGGAGAAGUUUUCUGUGCUUUGGGAAAGAGAGAAUGUCUGUGUUAAAUUUGGAGAGGGACAGAGGAAGCUCUACUUCUUUUUGUCUUAUGGUUCUGUUGAUUACAAGCUAGAGAUCUCCUAUGAGAACAUUUGGCAGAUUAAGCUACACCGGAUGCACGGAGAAACUUCAAAGUUUCUUCUCCUUCAGUUACUAGGAGCCCCUCGGAUUUUUCAGAAAGUCAAUAGAUGCUGGGAAAGGGAUGUUGAUUUCACUCCAUCAUGUUGCAUUGGGCAAUCUUCUGCUCUCUGCUUGGAGAUUCCAAACUGGCGCCAACUUCCAAACUUGCGCGAUGUUUUUGUCUACUACAAAGAAGACGAAGGUCAAUUCUCUCUGCAACAAGGUUGUCCUUUCUCUUCUAGUUCAGACCUUGUUCCCAUGGUGGUUCCUCCUAAAGGAAUCAUCUUGCCGUACAAAAUACUAUUCAAAGUAAAUUCCUUGGUUCAACAUGGAUGUCUUCCUGCUGAAGUACUUGAUCUCAACUUUUUCCGGUUAGUCGACCCGAGUAGAAUUCCUCUUGAAUGUAUAGAGUCUGCUCUAGACAAACUGUAUCACUUAAAAGAUUGCUGCUACGAUCCCCUGAGAUGGCUUAAAAAGCAAUAUAUAAAGUACAACACAAGUGGGCAGAUUCCGAAAAUGCCCACAAUUGCUUUAGAAGACGGCUUGGUGUAUGUACAUCGGGUUCAGGUAACGCCAACCAAAGUAUACUUCUGUGGCCCUGAGAUCAAUCUCUCCAACCGCGUCUUGCGCAACUACCCCAAGGACAUCGACAAUUUUCUUCGCGUUUCUUUUGUUGAUGAGAACUUGGAUAAGUUAUCUUCAACGGAUUUAUGUGCACGCGGAAGUUCUGCGAAUGGAAAAAGGCGAACGCGACUCUAUGACAGGAUACUUUUUACUCUAAGAAAUGGCAUACUCAUUGGCGACAAGAAGUUCGAGUUUCUUGCGUUUUCAUCGAGUCAGUUGAAAGAGGGUUCCCUUUGGAUGUUUGCUUCAAGAGAUGGACUUACUGCCGCAGAUAUCAGAAAUUGGAUGGGUGAUUUUCAUGACAUUAAAAAUGUGGCAAGAUAUGCGGCUAGGCUAGGUCAAUCUUUUGGCUCUUCCCACGAAACUUUUAGAGUUGGAAGGGACGAAGUUGAGCUAAUUCCUGACAUAGAAGUUAAAAGGGAUGGGAAGAAUUAUUGUUUCUCUGACGGAAUUGGCAAAAUAUCCGAAGAUUUUGCCAAAGAGGUGGCCAAAAAAUGUGGUCUAAACAGGUAUACUCCAUCAGCCUUUCAGAUUCGUUAUGGCGGCUAUAAAGGUGUUGUGGCCGUUGAUCCCACAUCUUCAAUGAAAUUGUCAUUGAGAAAAAAGAGCAUGUGCAAGUACAAGUCAAAGAACAACAAGCUAGAUGUUUUGGCAUGGAGCAAGUACCAGCCGUGCUUCCUGAACCGGGAGUUGAUUACUCUUUUGUCAACUCUUGGAGUCCGAGAUUGCGUUUUUGAAAAGAAGCAAAAGGAGACUAUAAAUCGCCUGGACUCUAUCUUAACUGAUUCUUUAAGAGCACAAGAUGAAUUGAAGAUGAUGUUUCCAAGAGAGAUCUCAAACAUUCUGAAGGAAAUGCUCAUGUGUGGAUAUGAGCCAGAUGAGGAGCCAUUUCUCGCAAUGAUGCUGCAAACACUGCAUGCGUCAAAGCUGCUGGAAUUGCGAACCAAAACAAGGAUACAUGUGCCCAAUGGAAGACUUAUGAUGGGAUGUUUAGAUGAAACUGGGACACUCGAAUACGGUCAAGUGUUUGUGCAGUGUUCUCGUCCCCAGCUCUUUGAUGAUUCUUCUCUAGUCUUCAACAACUACAGUUCAAGCUCUGACAAGUUUGUUGUUAAGGGAAAAGUGGUUGUAGCUAAAAAUCCUUGUCUACAUCCAGGAGAUGUGAGGGUCCUUAGGGCGGUGGAUGUUCCAGAAUUGCAUCACAUGGUAGAUUGCGUCGUUUUUCCACAGAAGGGAAUGAGGCCUCACACCGAUGAAUGCUCAGGGAGUGAUUUGGACGGAGAUACUUACUUCGUCUGUUGGGACCGUAAGCUUAUUCCUCCUCAGCGAUGUAAAGCAAUGGAUUAUACCGCAGCACCAAGAAUAGCGUUGGACCAUGAGGUCACAAUGGAGGAAAUAAAGGAGUACUUUGCUGACUACAUAGUCAAUGACAACGUGGGAAUUAUUUCGAAUGCUCAUAAGGUUUUUGCAGACAGAGAACCAGAAAAGGCUUGGAGCAAACGAUGUCUUGAGCUAGCAAAGCUAUCCUCAAUUGCCGUGGAUUAUCCAAAAACAGGUGUGGCCGCAAUAAUCCCAGGUCAUCUGCGUGCAAAAGAGUACCCGGACUUCAUGGAAAAGACUGACAAACCAACCUACGAGUCAAAGCGUAUCAUUGGAAAGCUAUUUCGACAGGUGAAGGAUGUCAAAGAACAUUCAAGUUCGAUAAAAUUCUUCACUAAGGAAGUGGCUAGUGAGUGUUACGACUAUGACAUGGAGGUGGAAGGAUUUGAGGAUUACGUCGAGGAAGCUUUUGAACUCAAAUCCAAUUACGAUGACAAGUUGGGAAAUGUCAUGAAUUACUAUGGAAUCAAGACUGAAGCUGAAUUGCUCAGCGGCAAUGUCCUCAAAAAGUCGAGGUAUUUUGACAAGAAAAGAGACUUGGAAUCAACAAAUUAUGCAGUAAAGGCACUGAUCAAAGAAGCUAGGACUUG